GGGGCACGCUGGGAGGAGGCCGCGCCGGUGCCAUGCUGACCUCGCGGACCUUCCUGAAGCGUACGCGGGCGGGUGCCGUGGUGAAGGUGGUGCGCGAACAUUACCUGCGUGACGAUAUCCCUUGCGGAGCCGAUGCUUGCCCGCUCUGCCCGGUCCGACCCGGCCAGCCCCUCGGGCUCGAGGCGCGGCCUAGCGGCGCCGCCAGCAGCCUGUGCCCCGGGCCGCACUACCUGCUGCCCGACACCAACCUCCUCCUGCACCAGGAGCAUGGGGUUUUUGGACAUGGCUCUGCCCUAUGGCUGUCAUGAUCAGAGAAAAGAGCAGCACUGUAUUUAAAAGGAAAAAAAAAAAAAGACUCAAAAAGUUCAGUGGUUGAAAAGGUGAAGAGCAGCUAACAGAAUUCCAGUUGAUAUGAAUCUGGGGAAUUUAAAACUGCAAUACAACACUGGGAUUUGUUUUGGAGAACUUAAGCCUACAUUUAUGCAGAUUGAUAUCCUUGAAGACCCGGUUAUUAAGAAUGUCAUAGUGCUACAGACAGUUUUACAAGAGGUCAGGAGUCGGAGUGCACCAGUGUACAAACGAAUCAGAGACGUGAUUGGAAACCCUGAAAAACACUUCUAUUCCUUCACCAACGAACAUCAUCGAGAAACAUACAUACAGCAGGAGCAAGGAGAAAGCUCUAAUGACCGCAAUGACAGAGCCAUUCGGGUAGCAGUAAAAUGGUACAGUGAACACUUGAAGAAAAUACAGAAUGAGGAGAAUGAGGAUAUCCAAGUUAUCUUUCUUACAAACGACAGAAAUAAUAAGGAGAAAGCCCUUGAGGAAGGGAUAACUGCUUAUACGUGUGAGGAGUAUAUUAAAAGCUUGAUAGAUAAUCCUGAUCUUGUAGAUCGUCUUGCUUGCGUAUCUGAUGAAGGGAAAGAAAUAGAAAGUGGCAAAAUAAUUUUCCCAGAACACAUUCCUCUUAGCAAAUUGCAGCAAGGAAUAAAAUCUGGCAUUUACCUCCAAGGAACCUAUAGAGCAAGCAGAGAGAAUUAUCUUGAAGCUACUGUUUGGGUUCAUGGAGAUGCUGAAGAAAAUAAAGAGAUCAUUAUACAGGGUCUUAAGCAUUUAAACCGAGCAGUUCAUGAAGAUAUUGUAGCUGUGGAGUUGCUGGCAAAAGAUGAAUGGGUGGCACCAUCCUCAGUGGUUUUGCAAGAUGAUGGCCAGAAUGAAGAUGACAUUGAAAUGGAAGAGGAGAAAGAAAACAUCUUGAAGGCUUCUGUUAACAAGAACAUGCUGAGACCUACAGGAAAAGUAGUGGGUAUUAUAAAGCGAAACUGGCGACCAUUUUGUGGCAUGCUCUCCAAGUCACAGAUUAAAGAGGCAAGGCGACAUUUGUUUAUACCAGCUGAUCGCAGCAUUCCUCGGAUUCGUAUAGAAACAAGACAAGCAGAUAAAUUGGAAGGACAAAGAAUAAUUGUUGCUAUUGAUGGUUGGCCUAGGAAUUCUAGGUAUCCUAAUGGUCAUUUUGUGAAGAACUUGGGAAGUGCUGGAGAUAAAGAGACUGAGACAGAAGUUCUUCUCCUUGAACAUGAUGUCCCUCAUCAACCUUUCUCUCAGAACGUCCUCAGUUUUCUACCGAAAAUGCCAUGGAGCAUUACAGAAAAGGAUAUGAAAUACAGGGAGGACUUGAGGCAUCUGUACGUUUGUAGCGUUGAUCCUCCUGGCUGUACAGAUAUUGAUGAUGCAUUACAUUGCAGAGAAAUAGAAAAUGGAAAUCUGGAGGUUGGUGUGCAUAUUGCAGAUGUCAGUCAUUUCAUUCGUCCAGGAAACGCUUUGGAUGAGGAAUCAGCAAGAAGAGGGACAACCGUAUAUCUGUGUGAAAAGAGGAUUGAUAUGGUUCCAGAACUGCUUAGCUCCAAUUUAUGUUCCUUAAGAUCUAAUGUGGACAGGCUUGCGUUUUCAUGUAUAUGGGAGAUGAACCAGAAGGCUGAAAUUCUGAAAACCAGAUUUACAAAGAGUAUUAUUAAUUCCAAGGCUUCUCUCACAUAUGCUGAAGCACAGAUGAGAAUUGAUUCGGCAGCUAUGAAUGAUGAUAUUACUGUCAGCCUACGUGGACUAAACAAAUUAGCAAAAAUUCUGAAGAAGAAAAGAAUUGAUAAUGGAGCUUUGACGCUUUCCUCACCAGAAGUUCGUUUUCACAUGGAUAGUGAAACUCAUGAUCCUAUUGAUCUGCAAACUAAGGAACUUAGAGAAACAAAUUCCAUGGUUGAAGAGUUCAUGUUGCUUGCCAAUGUCUCUGUAGCACAAAAAAUUUAUGAUGAGUUUCCAGAGUUUGCCUUGCUCCGGAAGCAUCCUGCUCCUCCUCCAUCGAAUUACGACAUCCUUGUGAAGGCAGCAAAGUCCAAGAAUUUGGAAAUAAAGACAGACUCUGCAAAGGCAUUAGCGGAGUCGUUAGACAAAGCUGAAUCUCCUGAUUUCCCAUACCUAAAUACACUGCUGCGAAUUUUGACCACUCGCUGCAUGAUGCAAGCUGUGUAUUUCUGUUCUGGAAUGGAUAGUGAUUUUCAUCACUAUGGUUUAGCCUCACCUAUUUAUACCCACUUUACCUCACCUAUUAGAAGGUAUGCUGACAUUAUAGUGCAUCGUCUUUUGGCCGUGGCCAUAGGAGCAGACAGUACCUAUCCGGAGCUUACGGAUAAACAUAAACUGGCAGAUCUGUGUAAAAAUCUCAAUUACCGGCAUAAAAUGGCUCAAUAUGCACAAAGAGCGUCUGUUGCUUUCCACACACAGCUGUUCUUCAAAACUAAGGGAGUGGUGAAUGAAGAUGCGUAUAUAUUAUUUGUAAGAAGAAAUGCAGUUGUGGUUUUGAUUCCAAAGUAUGGGUUAGAAGGAACAGUCUUCUUUGAAGAAAAAGAUAAGCCAACACCAAAACUUGAUUACAACAGUGAGGUACCAUCGCUUACUGUGGAAGACACAACACUGUGUGUAUUUGACAAAGUCACAGUGAGCGUUACGUUAGAUGCUUCCAACAUUCAGCAUCAGAAAAUUCGGAUGGAAUUGGUAGAACCAAAGAUACUUGCAAGUGGUGUUCCUGCACAUUUAUCUACAGAGACGAGCAGCAACAAUGAACCAGAAAAAAAGAAGAAGAAGCUACAACAAUAGCAAGGUCAAAUAGUUAAUAAAGGUAGAUGUGAAUUAUUUGUA